ACAUUUAUAAUGUUUUUUUUUUUUAAAAUUCUCUUUAAUGGAUGUUCUUUUCUCUCUCUGUGGCACCUUAUGCAGCCAUUCACUCUUAAAAAUAUCCCAUACUGCCUUUUUCCCAGAACAGAACUGAAUAUCCUAAGAUUAGGAAGAGAGGAAAUACUUCCUCAAAAGUUUUAGACAUUAAAGUGCCAUGUGAAUACAAGGAAAUAAGUUAAUUGCUGAUAUAUUUUCAUAUAGCUGUUAUUCUUUGAAAUAUAUGUCAUCUGCAUAUCAAGUUUCAUAAAAAACACUUUCUUAUAAAUAGUAGACUAGACAGACAAAAGACAAAGAAAGAGAGACCCAGGAAAGGAGAGACUGGAAGCAUGAUGCCAUUUGGCUACAAUAAAUACUUUUCUGGCAAUUUCCUGGGAAAACAACCAGCUACUAUGCAUGUUCUCGGUUACACAUGGAUCCAACUGAGAAGAUCGGAGGCUAAGAGGGAAAGGAAUCUAUUGGUCUUAUAUUAUGCCCAUUGAUAGAUUGGACUCACUUUGUUCCCUUUAACCUGUUAGAUAUUCUCAUCACUCUUACUCAGUUCAUAUGACAGUUACAUAAAACUUUCUAGGUAUUGAUUAGAGAAACACUCCAAAAUAAUGUACUAGUUUAUUUCUGACUAAGAAGCUUGGUUGUUUACUGUAUUUCCAUCUCAUCAUACUUCAGUUCAUACUUUAGUCCAUUAUUUAUGAUGGUUUACCCAGGAAGAAAUGGUUUUUUUAUUGUCAUAUUGUAUCUUAUAGUGAUACUUUUUAUACAGUUUUCUUUGGCACCAGAUUAAAAACUCUAGCAUUUUUAAGGGAUCAAUUGGCAGUCCCAAACUCAGAUACCUAGCAUAAAUUUUAUGGUGGCAGUCCCAAACUAGCAGUCUUAAACUCAGAUACAUGGCAUAAAUACAUGGCAUAGUGAUCCCAAAUUCAGAUACAUGGCGUAAAUUUUAUGGUGGAGGUCUUUUGAUACUGGAGAUGAGAGUUGAAAACCUAAAAGUUUACAUUGUGCAAAAUACCAAAAGAAAGAGGAACCUUAAGUGUUUCAGAUUAUGUGUGGAAUAAACGGGCCCCUCCCACUAACCUACUGGCAGGUGUUGAGUCAAAUGCUUGAUUUAAUCAUAUUAGUGAAGAUUAUGGAGAAGCCUUCAGAUCCCAAGGUUAGUUUGCAGUAGUGGUGGAAUAGCUCAGAGGGAGCUCAUGAGACGGUGAUUACUACAGGAAAUUUAAGAUACAACCAAGAACAGUUUAUUUGGUAAAUUAAAAGCAGAAAGAAGGGUUGGUUAAGACUGAACUGAAGUGUAUCCAGGAGCUCAGGUGUAUGUGCUAAAGUUUUACCUCUCCAACAGGUAAAAGAUGCCAGUGAUCAAUAUUGAGGACCUGACAGAAAAGGACAAGCUGAAGAUGGAAGUUGACCAGCUCAAGAAAGAGGUCACGCUGGAACGAAUGCUGGUAUCCAAAUGUUGUGAAGAAGUGAGGGAUUACGUUGAAGAACGAUCUGGCGAGGAUCCUCUGGUAAAGGGUAUCCCCGAGGACAAAAAUCCCUUCAAGGAGCUCAAAGGAGGCUGUGUGAUUUCAUAAAAGAAACAAACAAUGUCCCUGGAGUAUCUAGAAUUCUAAUAACAAUGUAAAUUUUUGUUCUCAUAUAUAAUUAAACAUUACAUGAAUGUUGAAAUUUGCAAAUGUAAACUUUUAAUAAAACCCAGGAUAUAAUAACAUGUAAA